AAUCUUCUUUGUGCUCACCCAACUCUUUCUCUCUUCAUCUUUUUUUGUCUUCAAGAUUUAUUUAUUUAAUCCUACAAUCUUUGUUAGAUUGACUUUGAGUCUCAAUCAAACUAUAUUAACUCACACUUUACAAUUUUUCUCUUCCUUAACAUUGUGCAUCUUUACAAUUCGGAUCUAUACAAUUACCUGUGCUUUAUGCAGAAUUUGAAUUUCUCAAUGGAUGUUAAAUUAACUGGCAACUCUUCAACCCAAAAAUUUCCUGGUAAAAAUUUAGACUUUUGUGAUAAUUCAAGUGAACAUGGAUAUGGCUCUUUAGAAGAUUUGCAUAAUCCUGUGUCACCUAUUAUCAAAAGUUAUGGAUCUACAUUACCUUCUUCUCAGCAAUCAUCUUUGUCCUUCUCAAGCUCAGCUGAUUCAACUGCCAACACAAAUUUAGAGUCUCUGGAAUCUGCCCAAUCUCCCGAAAAAAUUUCCGGAAAAGAGUGUAGCUCAUCUCAAUCUAAUAAAGUGGCUGAUGAUCUGAAUAAUAAUCGGAUAAAUGAUGACCCCAUUGUUGAAAAUGAUUCAAGAAACACAUCUGGGAAAUCUAAGCCAAACAAUAAAAACAACAAUCUUAUCAUUGAAAAUACAUGUAGCAUGAAAUCAACCGAAGGAGCAAAAAAUGGUCAAAAUGUUAAAGUUUUCUCGCCCCAAGAACAGUUUCAGUCUGGUAACAGAUUCAGAUUUGUUCCUAAAAAUCGUCAAAAUAAUUUUAAUGGUGAUCGACACUCGUUUAAGCAGAAUAAUGCUCGUUGCAACAAUCGAGGAGGAAGGAGAGCUACUCGAAGUGAAAGUGAUUGUGAUACUAAGCCGAGAUCUACUCCAAUAAGAAACAAAAACAAUGAGGAUAUUGUUUUUAUAAUAAGAAAGGUUGAUCGUUCGCUUCGUCGAACAGUUUCAGAAUCAUCAGGAGAGACUUUACCAGUUAGAGGUAUCCUCAAGUAUCCUCGCGAUUGGAACCGCCGAACCUUAUCCGAAUCAAGUUGUGAUAGCUCUAACCAAUCAAAUUUAUUGGAGUCUCAUGAGAAAGGCCAAACUCAAUCUCUGGAAUGUAUUUCGCCCCUGGAAGCUUCGUGUGAAGGAUCAACAGAAUCUUCUUGCUCUUCGGCUACAGAAGGUCCUGGACAAGAGGAGGAAAAACCUAAAAAAAGUGUCCACUUCAGUUGCUAUGUUUCUAAAGCCACAUUUAAGAUAAACUCAACUAUUCUGAAUAAUAAACAGAAUGGAGGCAACAAGAAAAAGAACCGGAAGCGAGACAACAACAAUAAGGGGAAUCCUACAAAUUCACCUGUAAACCCAACGAACAAAAACGAUAUCAGCAAUACCAAGCAUUUUCAGCAUAACGACCGAUUGAAACCACAACAGCCUCACCAUCAUUCACUUCAACAGCAACCAAAUAAUCAUAGUCAGCCGAAUCCAACCCACCAGGAACGAAUUUCCAACCAAACGAGACGCAACAUGAAUGAAGAAUCCGUUAUUGAUAGCGAUGAUGGACCAUUCAUUAAUAGUGCUGAUCCACCGACAGAUUAUGAUGAGGAGAAACAAAGUGAAAACGUUGAUCCUAUGGAAGCCAAGAUGAGAUCUCGCCAAGAUUCCGGUUAUGAUAGUGAAACCAGUGAUAGAAAAGGGAUCGACGUUAAUGGUACUACCUGUGUUAAAUCGCCCAAGCGAAAAUUCACUAUCAAGAAAGUUGAUCUCAACCAGUGAUAAACAAAUCAAAGAUCUUCAAUUUUUUCAUCUUCUAUUCAACAGAUUUGUAACUUUCUUCAUCCCAAAUCCCCAUUCCUUGACUAUUUCAUUCUUUUCUCCAUCCAAUCAAUCUUAAGGUCUACUUGAGGAGUUCAUCAGAAGAGUAUACUCACCUUAGCAAUCCUAAAUUCACUAGAUUGGUGUUUCGUUUUAAUCCACUAAACGAAAGCUUAAUAUAAGUCAGCAAAACAAAUAAUAGUUAGCAUGAGCUAAAGUUAAAUGUGAAUUUUGGAUUAAUCCAAUUGAAAUUUUUGUUGCCUAUAAGAUUGAGCAAACGUUUGACCAAACAAAAUUUUACUGAUUACUAAUUUAUCCUUUCAAUUGAAAAUUCAACUCUUAAAAGUUGAACCAAAUUAGAUGAAGGAUAAAAAUAAAAAAUUACCAGUGAUUGAGAUGAGUGCUAAAAUCAGCAGUCUAUUGACUGAAUGGUGAUCGAGAUAGCAAUCAAUUUUACUUCUCAAUUAUCACUCAGCAUAUGCAUAAACCAAUAAUCUUUUUUUAUAUAUUUAUUUACAAAUUAGUUAAUUGAUUGUGACCAUUAUUUUCAUGGCUUGAUUGUUGAUAGCAUCCAUCCCUUUAACUGAUAAUUAGCAUGAAAUGUCUUGUGCAGGUUUUCCUGUAAAAAGUAAUUCAAUCAUAACUCAGGUUCUAUCAGCUGCAACUCAAUGGAAAAGUCUAAUUAUAUUUUGUUUUUUUCUUGUCUUUUCUCAUUACCUUUUUUGUUAACUAUCCUUUCCGAUAUUAUCUAUCACCGGUGAAUGGCAAACCAGAUGUUUCCCAGCAUUUCAUGUUAAUUACUGUGUUCUCCUUGAGUAUGACUGCGAUAUUUUUCUCAAAUCAAGUUAACGAUUCACAAUAAUAAUGCAAGAACCAUCUUUAUGAGAAUCAUAAUCUCAUUUAUGCGCUCAACAUAAUCUUUUUUUUUCUAGAGCAUUUUUUCUCUUUCUAUUACGUUUAACGAUAAUUUAUCAUCAAUUUAAUACAUCGUUCUUGAUACUCUUACAAUUUGUUACCAAAAUGUAGCUUCUGAUCGUUGAUAAAAUUUAAAACCAAAAAUAGAUAUUAAAAUAAAGAUACUUUAAUGGUCUCUUGAUCAAUGUAAGAUAGAUAUUAAAAU